UUUUCUUCUUCGUGCAGUUCAUCCCCUUUAAUUUUUUCUCAAAAACAAAAAAAAAUGCCUCGCAUAGACAGGAUCAGUGCGUUGCAUGACGAUUUGCUGUUGAAUAUAUUGUCUCAAGUCCCAACAAAAGAUGCAGUGACCACCAUGGUUUUGUCCAAAAGAUGGUGUUUGGUCUGGACGAUGGUGCCUAAACUUGAAUACGACGAUACAAGCAAAGAAGGGAGAAAGAGCCUUUGGCGCUUAGUUGACAAGUUUUUGCAACUCCACAAAGCACCUGUACUAGAAAGCUUGCGUAUCCAAGCUGAACGCCAGUUUACGGACGAUGCAGAUGUUCGAAAGUGCGUCUCAUACGCUGUUGACCACAACGUUCGAGAGCUAGUUCUUAUUAUAACAUCCCUUAUUUUACCAACUCAACCAAAGAUCCUGCUGCUACCAUCGAACUUUUACACCUCCAAAACACUAGUGAAUCUGACUCUAUCAUUUAGUGCUCUCGUAGUUGAUGUUCCUUCCCUAGCUUGCUUUCCUUUGCUUCAGACACUGGCCCUUCUCAAGGUUGUGUUUAAAGAUGAAAGCUCUCAUGUUAGGCUUCUAGCGAAUUGCCCUGCGCUCAGUUAUUUGCGUGUGAACCGAUACUUUGGUGACAAUGUGAAAACUUUCAUUGUGAAAGUUCCUUCUUUAAAGAGUUUUACAUACACGCAAAAUGACAGAAGAGCUUCUAGGUCCUUGGUUUUAGACUCCACUGGAUUACGACACCUUAUUAUAUUUGAUUAUGGAGACCUUGGCUCGAUCCAGAACAUGCCUCACCUUGAGACGGCUUAUGUUGGACACUUGGUUCGUCAGCCAAAUGAGAAGUUUCUAAGAUCUUUUUCCUCUGUCGGGAGUCUCUAUUUGAGAUUGAUGGACGUAACUAUUUUGAGUAUCCUUCUUGUUAUGUGAUGCUCUAUUUGAUGUGUUAUACUUAUGUUGUUCAAUGUAAUUCAAC